CCCGGAAAGGGGGCGGGGCCUCAAGAUGGCGGAGAGCGGGAAGGGCCGGGGGGGGAACCCGGGAACCGGGAAAGGACUGAGCCCUGAACAGGUGGUGUCCCGGUUUAACCGGCUCCGGCAGGACCAGCGGGGUUUGGCCUCCAAAGCGGCCGAGCUGGAGCUGGAGCUCAACGAGCACAGCCUGGUGAUCGAGACCCUGCGGGAGGUGGAUCCCACCCGGAAGUGCUUCCGCAUGGUCGGGGGGGUCCUGGUGGAGAGGACGGUCAAGGAGGUGCUGCCCGCCCUGGAGAGCAACAAGGAGCAGGUGAGGGGGGGGGACACCCCAAAAACCCUUUUGGGAACCCCCAAAAACUCCCUG